UCAGAAAAGCCCUCCACACUUUCUCAGUUUGCGUGACACAUGAAAAUGAAAAACGAAGAAACUCUCAUUUCCAUCUGCAAAUACAAGUCUAAUGCUCUCUCAGAUCUUCUCCUGCUCCUCCUGGAACCAUGUCUUCCUCCUCAGACUCCGAAUCCAACCCAGGGACAACCCCACGCCACGUCCACUCUCUCUCUUCCACUCCGAAAAGUUCCCCGCUUUUCCGAGAUUCCGGUUCCGGAUCGGCCCAGGAAUCUUCGUCCCUCUCCCGGUUACAUAGCGCCCACAGGUCGAGUCAGGACGAGAAGAUUCACCCACGAGCGAGGAGGAAGGUGGGUCGGGUUUGGCACAGGAGGCGAGUGAAGGUGAUUGUGGGUGUAAUUGGAUCGGUGGGUUUAUUUUUCUUAACGAAUUGGUGGAUGCUUUCGCGCCUUUACGAUGCGGGCCGCGGUGUUAAGAGCAGCUCAAGAAUUGCGAAUUCGUCUUUGAUUUCGGUUCAGGGAGGAUUGAAAAAGCCUAAUAAAGGGGAAAGGCCGCAGAUUCAUUCCCGGAUGCUGGCAUUGGCAGCCCAUGCCUUGGCUGAUGGACAGAAUAAACCUGAGCCAAAAGGUUUAUGGGAGGAGCCCGUGGUCCCAGCUUCUGUUUGGAGACCUUGUGCCCACCAACGUAACUGGGAACCUAGUGAGGGAAAUAAUGGAUACAUUUUGGUUACUGCAAAUGGUGGUAUCAACCAGCAGCGAGUAGCUGUCUGUAAUGCUGUUGUCAUUGCUCGAUUUCUUAAUGCAACUCUUGUUGUUCCCAAAUUUUUGUUCAGUAGUGUAUGGAGAGAUGUGAGUCAAUUCAGCGAUAUAUAUCAGGAGGAGCAUUUUGUCAAUUACUUGACACCUGAUAUUCGGAUAGUGAAAGAACUUCCUAAGGAGCUGCAGUCAUUAGAUUUGGAGGCAAUUGGUAGUGUUGUGACAGACGUAGAUAUCAUGAAAGAGUCCAGGCUUAGCUUUUAUCGGAAGAAUAUUCUUCCUAUACUACUUCAAAAGAGAGUCGUCCAUUUUGUUGGAUUUGGAAAUCGUUUGGCAUUUGACCCAAUACCAUUUGAGUUGCAGAGACUUCGAUGUAGAUGUAAUUUUCAUGCAUUGCGAUUUGUUCCAAAAAUACAAGAAACUGGUGCCUUGCUUCUCAAAAAGAUGCGUCAGAAUGUACGUCGCUCUGGGCCUCUGGAUCACUAUCUUGUUGGUCCAUUUGCUGAAUCAACUAUGAAGGGGAAGAAGAAUCGUGCCGCAAAAUCUUCCAGAUACUUAGCUCUACACUUGAGGUUUGAAAUUGACAUGGUAGCCCAUUCUUUGUGUGAUUUUGGUGGGGGAGAAGAAGAGAGGCAAGAGUUGGAAGCAUUUCGUGAAAUACAUUUCCCUGCGCUGGCCCUUCUUAAGAAGACUACAAAGCUACCUUCUCCUGAAGAACUGAGGGCAGAUGGUCAAUGUCCAUUAACGCCUGAAGAAACAGUUCUUAUGCUUGUUGCUCUUGGUUUCAACCGCAAGACUCAUAUAUUCUUGGCAGGUUCACAAAUAUAUGGAGGGAGGUCAAGAUUGGCUGCUUUGACCACCUUGUAUCCUAAUUUGGUUACUAAAGAGAACUUGCUUUCAUCAUCUGAGAUUGAACCCUUUAAGAAUUUCUCAUCUCAGCUAGCAGCCUUAGACUUUAUUGGCUGCACUGCUGCUGAUGCAUUUGCCAUUACAGACUCUGGGAGUCAGUUAUCAUCUUUGGUAUCUGGUUAUCGGAUAUACUACGGUGGUGGUAGAUUGCCAACAGUCCGGCCAAACAAACGCAGACUUGCAAGCAUCUUUUUGAAGAACUCCACUAUAGAAUGGAGCAUGUUUGAGAAGAGAGUGAGGAAGGCAGUUAGACAAACUAAAACGAUCCAUAGAAGAUCCAUUUCAAGGAGUGUCUACAGGAACCCACGCUGUAGAGAAUGCAUGUGCACGACUGAAUAGUGGUCUGUAUUACUACACAAGUUCAUUGCCAUUGUAACAAGUUACAUUCAUCAAUGUUGAUUCGAUUUGAUUCACAUUCAUUACUAAUUAUGAUUUGUAACAUUCAUUAUUUUGUUUGUCAACUUUAAUACAGGCUUAUGUAAUUAAUGAGACGAUAUUUGACUAGAUAUCAACUUCUGGAAGAAGAAAAUGGAUGCAGGGGAAUUGAACUCAAAAACCCUUUACUUA